AUGUUCCUGUUGUCAGGGGUUUGUUUUAUGGUUUCGGUAUUGUCAGGGGUGCAAGCUAAAUGGGUGGAAGGCAGGAUCGAUACCAAAGAUAACUGGGCAUUCCUCGCUCGUUUUUGCUUCCUCUCCCUAGAGGGGCAGUUCGAGUACCUCAUAGAAUAUGACAAGGAUGCUGGUAUACCUAACCUCCUGCUGUAUUAUGAUGAUGAUUCUCAAUGGCCGUCCGUUUACCAUAGUAGUAAGACCUGCAAACAGAGAGAGGAGGUAUUGAACAGAGCUGGACAGAACCAGAUCAUCAGACUAUCACACUGGUACCCAGACACGGAGUACUCAGGAUGUAUUAUCACGAAACAUAAUAAGGAGUUACCAGCUGCCAAGAGCACAACAACACCAAAAGCAACAGAUCCGCCGAAAAAACCCAAAAAUUCGACCAAACUGACACCUCCAGAACCGUCAUACUAUGACCAAUUUUUGAAAACAACCACUCGAGACCCAAAAGCUAUUACAGACCCUAAUACCAACACCACAUGGUUCGAAUUGCUACCAACUGAUGGGAAUUUUACUACUAUGACUCCUGAAGAUGAAUUAUGGGAGAGCAUUGCGCCUGGAAACGGCAGCCAUCUUGGAAACUUGAAGGAUGAUGUUGAAAUUCUUUUUGAGAAUGGAAAUCGGAGUGGGCAUAAAAUAAAAAGAUCACUAGACCUCUACGAGCGAUACCGACGACGUCGUUUAAACGCUGAACCGAAAGCCCUUGCAAGUCAGAGCGAGAAGGAGCACUUGAUGGUCACCUGUCACAACUCUAGGAGAUUCAGAUCAGCUAGGGAGCGAUGGUGGUUCAUUGCCAUCAGCAAUUGUGAGAGUAAUAAGGGUCUGGACAUCCGAUAUAAAUUCUUGAUGACCAACGGGCAGAUGGUGACUUCUGGCAUGAACACUUCUCUGCGGACGAAUUUUAUGUUUUACCAGUACUCCUAG